CACGUGUGCUCCACCUCGUCAUGUAGCGCAAAUUGCACUCUCCAAGCUUGAGCGAGUGAAUGGGAAAUCGCUACCCCAUGCCGAAAUGAUGUAGGACUGGAAGAGGAGGAUGCUUAUCUUAAUUUGAGAAAAUCAACCCAGUUUAUAUAUACGGGUUCACCCUGAUUUAGCCCGGCAACACUAGACAUAAGACGACAAAAAGGAGCAUAUCCAGUCUACAGAGAAAGCGAGGCAAGGAUAAUAUGGACAUAACGGACCAAGGAGCACAAAUGGAGCCGCUACUACCCUUGGAACCAGGCCCUCAGAUACCUCAAGGAGACAAGAAUGUGAGGACUGAUGAGGAGGCAGUCCUGGACAGAGGGGGCACUCGCUCCAUGCUCAACACCAACUUUGAGAAGGAGGAGCUGGAAGGCCACCGGACCCUUUACAUCGGGGUCCACGUUCCCCUGGGGAGGAAGUCCCACCGACGUCACCGUCACCAUGGCGGCCACAACAGAAACAGCAGGAAGAGAUCCAAAGAGAGGGAAUCUGGGGUGGACGGCGAUGGCAGAGAAUCGCCCUCCCACACAGACACUCCUGCCCAGAGGGUGCAGUUCCUUCUGGGGACAGAGGAUGGUGAUGAGGAGCACAUACCUCAUGCCCUCUUCACUGAGCUAGAUGAGAUCUGCCUGAGAGAGGGUGAGGAUGCAGAGUGGAAGGAGACUGCCAGGUGGCUGAAGUUUGAGGAGGACGUGGAGGAUGGAGGCGAGCGUUGGAGCAAGCCCUACGUGGCCACCCUGUCUCUUCAUAGCCUGUUUGAGCUGAGGAGCUGCAUCCUCAACGGAACCGUGCUGCUGGACAUGAGGGCCAACUCACUGGAGGAGAUCGCCGAUAUGGUCCUGGACCAGCAUGAGGUGUCGGCCGGGGUGGGGGAGGAUGUGAGAAGGAGGAUCCGUGAGGCGCUCCUGAAGCAGCACCACCACCAGAACCACAAGAAGCUGGCCAACCGCAUCCCCAUCGUACGCUCCUUUGCCGAUAUUGGCAAAAAGCAUUCCGAGCCCCACUCCAUGGACAAGAACGGUCAGACUGUCUCUCCCCAGUCCCAGCCAGCCACCACAGAGGGCAAGGAACAUGUCAGCCGGGAGAACAGCCAUGUGGACUUCAGCAAGAUUGACCUCCACUUCAUGAAGAAGAUUCCACCCGGUGCAGAGGCAUCCAAUGUCCUGGUGGGGGAGCUAGAGUUCCUGGAGCAGCCCGUGGUGGCCUUUGUCCGUCUGUGUCCCGCCGUGCUGCUCAACGGCCUAGCUGAGGUUCCCAUCACCACCAGGUUCCUGUUCAUUCUGCUGGGGCCUCUGGGAAAAGGACCACAGUACCAUGAGAUUGGCCGAUCCAUCGCAACUCUGAUGACAGACGAGGUGUUCCAUGACGUGGCGUAUAAAGCCAAGGACAGGAACGACCUGGUGGCCGGCAUCGAUGAGUUCCUGGACCAGGUGACUGUGUUGCCACCUGGGGAGUGGGACCCAUCCAUCAGGAUAGAGCCGCCCAAAAACGUGCCCUCUCAGGAAAAGCGCAAGGUCCCUCCUCUACCCAACGGAGAUCUGGGAGAAGCAGAGGAACCUGGUGGCCAUGGAGGCCCAGAGCUACAGCGCACAGGAAGGUUCUUUGGCGGGUUCUUCAUGGACAUCAAGCGCAAGGCGCCCCACUACCUGUCUGACUACACGGACGCUUUGAGCCUGCAGUGUCUGGCCUCCUUCCUUUUCCUCUACUGUGCCUGCAUGUCUCCUGUCAUCACCUUCGGCGGACUGCUGGGGGAAGCCACCGAGGGACGCAUAAGUGCAAUUGAGUCCCUGUUUGGAGCCUCCAUGACGGGGAUAGCCUACUCCCUGUUCGCUGGGCAGCCUCUCACCAUCCUAGGCAGCACAGGCCCUGUUCUAGUGUUUGAGAAGAUUCUCUUCAAAUUCUGCAAGGACUAUGACCUGUCCUACCUCUCCCUGAGGGCCUGUAUCGGCCUGUGGACGGCGUUCCUCUGCCUGGUCCUGGUGGCUACAGACGCUAGCUCCCUGGUCUGUUACAUCACCCGCUUCACAGAGGAGGCCUUCGCUUCGCUCAUCUGCAUCAUCUUCAUCUACGAGGCCCUGGAGAAACUCAUCCACCUGGGUGAACACUACCCCAUCAACAUGAACAACAACCUGCAGAAACUCACCCAGUACUCGUGUGCGUGUGUGGAGCCAAAGGAUCCCAGCAACUCCACUCUGAGGUACUGGGAGGACAGGAACAUCACUGCAUCAGAGGUCAACUGGACCAGCAUGGAGGUCAAGGAGUGCUUUGUGUUCCGGGGGGAGUUUGAGGGCAGCGCCUGUGGCCCCCACGGACCCUACAUUCCUGACGUCCUCUUCUGGUCCGUGGUCCUCUUCUUCUCCACUGUCUUCAUGUCUGCUUUCCUCAAGGAGUUCAAGACAAGCCGCUACUUCCCCACCAAGGUGAGGGCCCAGAUCAGUGACUUUGCUGUUUUCAUCACCAUCCUCACCAUGGUCUUAGUGGACUAUGCCCUAGGAAUCCCCUCACCCAAACUGCAGGUCCCCGACAAGUUCAAGCCAACCAGAGACGACCGUGGUUGGAUCGUGAACCCAAUAGGACGCAACCCGUGGUGGACCACCAUAAUCGCGGUCCUCCCUGCGCUGCUCUGCACCAUCCUCAUCUUCAUGGACCAACAGAUCACGGCUGUUAUCAUCAACAGGAAGGAGCACAAACUGAAGAAGGGCUGUGGCUACCACCUGGACCUGUUUGUGGUGGGGGUGAUGCUGGGGGUGUGUUCUGUGAUGGGCCUACCCUGGUUCGUGGCGGCCACCGUGCUCUCCAUCUCCCACGUCAACAGCCUGAAGCUGGAGUCAGAGUGCUCGGCCCCUGGGGAACAGCCCAAGUUCCUGGGGAUCAGAGAGCAGCGCUUCACCGGCCUCAUGAUCUUCCUACUCAUGGGCUGCUCCGUCUUCAUGACCUCUGUCCUCAAGUUUAUCCCCAUGCCUGUACUGUAUGGAGUGUUCUUGUACAUGGGAGCGUCCUCGCUGAGAGGUAUCCAGUUCUUUGACCGUCUCAAGCUGUUUGGCAUGCCGGCCAAGCACCAGCCAGACUUCAUCUACCUGAGACACGUUCCCCUGAGGAAGGUCCACCUCUUCACCAUCAUCCAGCUCAGCUGCCUGAUCCUGCUGUGGGUCAUCAAGACCUCAAAUUAUGCCAUCGUCUUCCCCAUGAUGGUGUUGGCUCUGGUGUUCAUCCGUAAGCUUCUGGACUUCAUGUUCACCAAGAAGGAGCUGAGCUGGCUGGAUGACCUGAUGCCUGAGUGGAAGAAGAAGAAACUAGAGGAAGGAGAAGAAGAGGAGGAGCCCAGUAUUAUAGUGGAGGAGGAGGAGGGGAUAGUCAAUUUGCCACUGGAAGGAAAUUACAAGAGCGAUCCCGCGACAGUGAACAUUUCCGACGAGAUGUCCAAAGGCUCCUUCGGGAACGUGUGGAAUAGUAUUAGUCCCAGUGACAGCGCCAAGAAGGACCCAAGCUCCAAAAGCUCCCCUUCCUAACCUCUCAGAAGCUCAUUAUCCCAAAGCGGUUGCGAGAGAGGACAUAAGAGGAAGGACUCAAAGUUGGACAGGGAGACGAGUUUGUGAUCCAUUCCCGGCUCCGUCACCGCUCUGCGGAAAAUAACUCAUCUGACGUGCCACACUCGACCACCUCUGAACUGUGCUGCACCAUGCGUUCUCGUCAUGUAAGACUGUGUGUGUGUGUGUGUGUGUGUGUGUGCAACUCAUGUAAAUCUUUUAGAAACAGUGUUACCCUAUGGAGGAACCAACAAACAUUAACUGUGAUUAUUUUCUAUGUAUGUCAAUGUAUGGUGAUACCAGCAACAGAGGAAGCAAGGAAUUCAUAUUAUUAUGUGUAUCUAUCUACCCGUGGGCCAAUUUAUUACAUAUGUAGGAUCUUAAUUUGAGAAAGUUUUGUACAGUAGGAAAAUAAUCCUGAAGUAACAUGAAAUGUGUGGAUUAUAAUUAAUGGACAUUUUUGUAAGGGCUGAACAUAUUUUCAUAAGGUAAAAUCAAGUCUGAAAUUUUUUGGUGUAAAUUACAAAACUUCAGAAGCCUUUUUAAACCGUAAAUACACUACAUGUUUUACAAGUAUUUCUGCAACAGGGUGAUCAAAUUAAGAUCCUACAUCUGUGGCAACCAAAUGGUUUUUAAAGAAACUUUACUUUUUAACGGAAUCGUUUGUAUUUUGUAUGUUUUUUUUCUAUUUUUUCAUCAUAGUAAUCCUUAAAGAAAAUCUAUUACAAUAUACAAUGAAAAUCUUGUUCAUGGAAUAAGCAAUGUGUGUUUUGUUUUGUAAUUUGACAUCACUAUCGGGUCUGUGCACUUAACGAUACGAAAACAGUAUACUGUAUAUGUAUCAAAUUAAAGUGUUAAAUGUACAUUUUUUUUUUUUUUUUAAAGCUCAUUUGUAAAAUUUUCGCUGACAUUUUCCUGAAGAUUUGUUGAUAGUAUUUUUUUCUCCAUUACAGUGUGGAGGCAGGUCAGUGUUAUAUUUCAGGCAUUGGGGACCAUUACAUUCCAGUUAGCAUAGCAGCAUAGCCCUGCCAUUCUAUACCUAUUGGGAAUGUGAUUCCUAUAGGGUUUUAACCAUAGACUUGUAUGUAUUGACUCAGGGAGUCGAAUACUUAUCUAAUAAAGAUAUAUUCCUGUGUUUUUUCUCUUCAUUUUUACAGAUGUUAGAAUUUUAUUUCAAGCUGACAGAGUAUUUUGUGUAGCUCUUUGACCAUUUUUUGUUUUACAAUUAAAUCAAUUUUAAUCCCACUUUGUAACACAAAAUGUGGAAAAAGUCAAGGGGUGUGAAUACUCUCUGAAGGCACAGUACGUGUACAUGUGUGUUCCACGGGCAUACAAAUGUGUUUUACCGGCAUAUCGUUCCAGUCACCCUGUCGCUACGUUAUGUGAUAUCUUCUCCUGCAUUCCAGUUUGUUUGACACCUACAAAGUGAUGUUGUGUUCUGAUUCUGAACUACCAGUAACUGUAUUUAAACACCUGCACAAAGGUGAAUCAAACUUAGCGGUGUCUUUCUACGGGAUGUUGUGGUUAAUUGAUAGAAAUGCAAUAAUAGCUUUGUGAGAAAGGGCAAAAUGUAAUAAAGUGAAGACUCUUUUAACGAUGUUCAAUACAUAGUAUAUUUUAUUCAUGUUUAAAAUGUUACUAAUAUGUUACUAAAAACGAUGAAUUGGGGAAAACUUGUGGUUUUUAUGUUGUCGACGUCCCGUUGUACUGUGUUGUGAUGGACUUUACUUAUUAAAGAAAUAAUAAUGGGUCAAUAUAACAUUUUGGCCACUUGUAGAAAUCUGCCUUAAAAUGUAGUAUUGAUAGCUGAGAAGACAAGUUUAUGUUUCAGAAUUUAUCAACUCAUCUGUGUAAAAUAAUCAAUUCAGAGAUUUGUUGUUCUAUUAUAAAUGUGAUUUGUUAUACGAGAGAAAGAGAAAUGUACGAAACAAUAAAGUGACUCGAGCAUCCUUUCAUUUGGUGAACGUU